UUCGCUGGUACUCGUGAAGUUAAAAAUAAAAAAAAUAAUAAUGUGUUUUUUAGGAAAUCAAAAAGAUUAAAAAAAAAAUCAAUUGCCGGUAUUAUAACGUCUGUUCUGUUUCUCUCUCCUCCAAUCGAUCUCAGGUUUUUCGAUCUCAUUCGCCAUUUAAAUCAGACUUAGAUUUGGCUCGGGCGGUUAGCGUCGCCGGAUCCGAUCUUUGGCGUGACUCCGGCGAGAUCGCGCGGUCCGUUCUACAGAUCUACUCGCCCGGCUUCUCGAAUUCCACCAGCCGCGAUGUUCCUGGUGGAUUGGUUCUACGGGGUCCUCGCCUCGCUAGGCCUGUGGCAGAAGGAGGCCAAGAUCUUGUUCCUGGGACUCGACAAUGCCGGGAAGACCACGCUGCUUCAUAUGCUCAAGGACGAGAGACUAGCCCAGCACCAGCCGACGCAGCACCCGACGUCGGAGGAGCUGAGCAUCGGGAAGAUCAAGUUCAAGGCUUUUGAUUUGGGAGGCCAUCAGAUCGCUCGACGCGUCUGGAAAGAUUACUAUGCUAAGGUGGAUGCAGUGGUGUACCUAGUAGAUGCAUAUGACAAAGAGAGGUUUGCAGAGUCAAAGAAAGAAUUGGAUGCACUGCUAUCAGACGAUUGUUUGGCAAAUGUCCCAUUUCUUAUUCUAGGAAACAAGAUCGACAUCCCUUAUGCAGCAUCAGAGGAAGAGCUACGCUACCAUCUCGGUCUGAACAACUUCACAACUGGCAAGGGAACGGUGAAUCUUAGCGAUUCCAAUGUCCGCCCCCUUGAGAUCUUCAUGUGUAGCAUCGUGCGGAAGAUGGGAUAUGGUGAAGGUUUCAAAUGGAUCUCACAGUACAUCAAGUAGAGGUUGAUUCUUCUAUUAGUACCGCACCGCCUACUCUCAAAUGCUUAAGCUUAGUUUGGUUUGAAAGCUCUUUAGUUUUCCCGAAUAUUUUGUCGAGGUGGAAGUACAUGGUUUUCCCUAUUGUAUUUGGCAUUCAUCUACUACCAUUUCAGUGGAACAUAAGAACAUAGCAAAAUAAGGAUGCAACACUUUUCGUGGAGGUGAGAGCACUUGGCUCUCAUCUACAUAUUUCUUUUUAUUUGACAAACUAUUUUUUUUUGGAAAGAUCAUAUAAGUUUUCUGUUUCUGAU